ACACUCAGCGAUGCCUAGGAAUUAUUUGUCCUUCACUAUAAGCUCUCUGAUUGGCCAGCGGAGCGGGGCGUGAGCGCGUCGUCAUAUCCGGCUACACAAAAUCGGUGAGGGAUGAUGGCGGCGGUCAUCACCGUGCGGGGUCCGUUCUCGUUUGUGAGACGCCUGGUCUCUGCACGUCUGCACAAGCACUGCUGCUCGAGGGUCCAGGCAGCCUGCCUUGCAUACCGACCUCAUUCGUAUUCACUUACUGCUGGGCAACAGCAUCGGUUCUUUCGCACAAGCUAUGCUGCAGCAGGACCAAUUAUGCAGUUCAAGCUCUCAGAUAUUGGGGAGGGCAUUAUGGAGGUGACAGUUAAAGAAUGGUAUGUGAAAGUGGGUGAUAAGGUGUCUCAGUUCGACAGCAUCUGUGAAGUUCAAAGUGACAAAGCGUCAGUCACGAUCACCAGCCGCUAUGACGGAAUCAUUCGUAAACUCUACUAUGAUAUCGAUUCCAUCGCCCACGUAGGAAAACCUCUGGUUGACAUCGAAACGGAAGCAGGGCAGGUGGAGGGACCUCAGGAGGAUGUGGUGGAGACUCCGGCCAUGUCUCAAGAGGACCACACGCACCAGGAGAUCAAGGGUCACAAGACUCAGGCCACUCCAGCCGUGAGACGCUUAGCCACGGAGAACAAUAUUAAAUUAAGUGAAGUUGUCGCCACUGGAAAGGACGGCCGUAUUCUCAAAGAGGACAUCCUCAACUUCAUAGCCCGACAGACAGGGGCCAUCUUACCCCCGGCCUUCCAGGAGAUUCGACCGCCCCCUCCCGCACCAGCUGUACCUUCAACUCCAGCUGCUAAACCGAAGACAACGGCACCCAGCAUUCCCACUCCUGUCGUCGCCAAACCUGUGUUUACGGGCAAAGACCACACUGAACCUGUGAAAGGUUUUCAGAAAGCCAUGGUCAAGACGAUGUCAUCGGCUCUGAAGAUUCCUCACUUUGGUUACUGCGAUGAAGUGGAUCUGACCCAACUGGUCCGAUUGCGAUCUGAGCUGAAGAGAUUGUCUGAAUCUCGAGGAAUGAAGCUCAGCUAUAUGCCUUUCUUCAUGAAGGCUGCGUCACUCGGACUUCUCCACUUUCCCGUUCUCAACGCAUCUUUGGAUGAAAACUGCACAAAUAUCACCUACAAGGCUGCUCAUAACAUCGGACUGGCGAUGGACACCACCCAAGGUCUUCUGGUUCCUAACGUGAAGAAUGUGCAGAUGCUCAGCAUCUUCGAAAUCGCCGUGGAGCUCAACCGUCUGCAGACGUUGGGAGCGUCGGGGCAGCUGGGAGCUAGCGAUCUCACGGGAGGAACGUUCACCCUCUCGAAUAUAGGAUCGAUUGGAGGAACCUAUGCAAAACCAGUUAUAUUACCUCCCGAGGUUGCUAUCGGUGCUCUUGGGAAGAUGCAGGUCCUUCCCCGAUUCAACUCAAAGGGCGACUUAGUAAAAGCACACAUCAUGAACGUCAGCUGGUCCGCCGACCACAGAAUCAUCGACGGAGCCACCAUGUGUCGUUUCUCCAACAUGUGGAGAUCCUACCUGGAGAACCCUGCUUCCAUGGUUCUGGACCUUAAAUAAAGCUUUCCCCAAGCACAUCGAGCCAUGGAAUCCUGUCUUCUGUAAAACCUGAUGACAUCAUUUCUCAACACUAAAGAUUUUCCAUCAAUGGAGCACAAAACAUAUUGCACAUUUUAUGAUGCUAAUAGAUAACUGGUGUUACGUUGUGUGUUUUCUGUGUACUGUUAAGGAUGCUGUUGGUUUAAGGAUCUCUCCUCUUGUUGCCUUACUGCAGGAUGUUACAUCUACCCUCAUGUAUUGUGAAACGAUGAAUGUUAGGGGAUAUGAACUCAAUGUAGCAAUAUGAACACAGACUCUUGCUCCUUUUUCGACACCGAUUUGUAGUCUAACGUUAAGAUACAAUCACAGCGUAAUGUCACGUCUUCCAGUGGCGUGAGCUCUUAAAAUGUGUCUACAUUAACAGUCUGUUUGUCUGUUGGUACAUAACUUCUCCUAAACACCUCCAGAUUUUUCGAGGGUGCUGCUUUGCAACUAAUGUCAGUGCUUUGAAAUGACAAUGAAAAUAUGUGAUUACAUAUGUGCACAGUAUACAAAUUUGCUGUUAAGAAAUAACAUUGAUACAUUCUGUCUAAUCUAUUUUGAUUCUACACUCUGACGCAAAUAUAAUGGAAUGCUAAUGUGUUGCGACAGCUAAAUAAUGGUGUUUUCUUGAGGUAGUUCUGUGUGGGUGUGUGAAUUUGAAAGAUAGUGUUUUAAUAAAUUAUACAUUUGAG